AUGCACUCCCGUCUAGCCAUAGACACUACUGCUGGUGUGAACGCUGGUCCUUCAUCCGCCAAUUCAUGGCCCCGAAACCGAAGCGGCUCGCCAACCCCUGGCUGGCCUGGUCCAAGUUAUGUAACACAGCGGGGACGCAGCGUCUCUAACGCAUCUACAACUUCCUCCCUUUCCAUUGUCUCUCCUACAUCCUCCUCCACCAAUGCCUCAACCACAUCUCUCCUAAUACCGUCCUCUCGCCACAGAUCGCGAUCUCGUUCACGGUCUCGCUCCUCUAGUCCGGCUAUCGACGAGACUGUGCGGCUCGGUCCAGAAUAUGUCCUCGCGAUGCAUGAUUAUUCCCCACCAGAUCAAAGCACAACGUGCCUCUCAUUUCGCGCCGGUCAAGUCAUUCAUGUGUUAAACCGGGAUGCAAGCGGUUGGUGGGACGGCGAACUGGACGGGCGUCGAGGGUGGUUUCCAAGCAAUUAUGUCAACGCGGAAAUCACCUCGUUAACAGAAGAGGAACCUGUUGGGAUGUCUUCAUCUAAACGCGGACACGGCUAUAGUCAAUCAACUGCUUCUGCGACAUCGUGGACGACCGUUUCUUCGAAGAGUCAUUCGUCUGACCGUGGCCAUAAACAUAAGCCCCCAUCGCUAUCAGGUUCUUUCGACGACGAUAUGGAUCCUUAUUGUCCACCUCUCAUGGUACCCCUACUCCAUGGCCUUUCUCUCCUUCAAAACGCCGUUCGUACAAAGCGAGUCAGUCAUUUCCAACCAUCCACAGCGUGCAUUAUUUCGUGUGUUCGCUCCAUACUAGCCUCAACAGGCACCUUGCAGCGCGAUGCCCCAGUCCUUCAAACAUUUUCUGUCCUUUCAGAGGAGCGCAGACGAAUACUGAAUGUUCUAGCGUCUCUUGUGGCACAGGCUAAGAAAGCCUCGGACGGAGGUGUGGAAGGCCGUGCGCAUGAGCUGGAAGUGGAAAACAUGCUGCGGCUAGGAGGUCAAGUAUUCUCGCACGUUCGGUCAUUUCUAGCUGUGGCCGUUAAAUGUGAUAUCGAGCUUCCGGAGGAACAAGACCUGCCCGGAACAGCUACACCUGCCUCAGUAGGUUUUCAGUCGUCCGCUGGCCAGGAUCAAGAUUACCAAGAAGACUCGCCUACGAAAACCCCAACGCAACAUCGUGGGCGGAGCAACCAUGUCACAGUGCCUCGGCCAGGUACACGCAUUGCAGGACCUCGGUCAAGGUCGCGUCCACCUGACCCAGAAAGCCCUGCCUUAAUCAAAUCGUUGGCUCGUGCAAGGCAAGAGCAGUACCUCCUGCGAGACCGAACACAGACCCGACACCGGCCAGGACCUUCUGUCAGUAGCAUAUCCUCUUCCUCCUCCUUCUCGUCCCAAGAAUCAACCCCUUCCUCCCCUCCGCCUUUUCCUUGCGGUCCUUCAAGCGCCGCACAAGUUAUGGAAGCCCUUCGAUAUACACAUGACCACUACUUAUCCACUAUCGCCGCAUUCAUCGGUCAUGCACAUUCUCAUUCGCGGACGUCUCAUGCUUCCAGUACCGCUGUGUUGUAUGACCUUGUGAAGGAGAUCGUCGAAAUGGUCUGCAAGCUUCUUACCAUCGUCGAAGCGGUCAUGCAGCACCCGGACAUCCCUCUAGGUCGUGUUGGUAACUUGAGGGAGGCUAAGGAGGGUCUAUACAAUGUGACAAGCUCAUUAGCGGAGUCUGUUCGUCUCCUGACCGUCUCGCUACCGGCUACGAUGUCUGAAGAGGCUGAGAAACAAGUCCUCCUUCGUUCAGCGACAGGCGCACUAAAGGCCGGAGCAGACUGUGUCGCAGCAGUGAAAGUUUGUCUUGGUCGGCCAAUCGGCGACAAACCCUUCAUCGUCAAAUUACCAGAUGUCGAUAAUGUGAUAACUCAGCCAUUCACGCCCGCUAGACUUUCUGCCUCUUUGCCCUUAAAGGCCGCGGCGACAAACGGUUACCAACUAAAUGGUAUGGAGGAUGAGGACAUGACUAUUCAGGCUCAGACCCCGUCACCUGCUCAGAGAGCACGAGAGUUCUCGUCCGGUUCAGAUAACAGUAACUUAUCGAAAGGCUCAUGGGUGCGGUCCGACGGGACCCGCUCUACCUCCCCAGAGGAAGGCAAGAGCGUCUCCUCUAUCACUGUGUCGUCUAGCACCCCAGUUGAGCCGGACCUGCCUUCCCCGACAUCCUUUGCUCCCACCGAGGAAGGUACAACAUGGGAGGGAAGCAUCCGGAGUCAACCCCACCGAGAUAGACACCUGGAAGAGAAGAUUGUUCAUGGAGAACUUCCUAGCGUCCCUAUGGAGCGAAUUCUUGAACAGGGCCAGGACCCUUCCAUGUGGAUGUUUGGGCAUGAUUACUUGCCUCAGGACGUGGCUUAUAACACAGAUGGCCAUCUCGUGGGUGCAACCAUGGAUGCUCUCGUUGAGAAGAUGACCCCCCACGAUAGCAUCGUGGAUCCUGCCUUCUCUGCCGUCUUCUUUCUUACUUUCCGCCUUUUUUCAUCCCCCUCAGAACUCGUGGACGCCCUCAUAUCGAGAUACAAUCUCAUGCCGCCUCUAGGACUCUCUGACGAGGACCAGCAGCUUUGGCAACAGCGCAAGGGCGUUCCCGUACGGCUGCGAGUGUCAAACCUCAUCAAGAAUUGGGUGGAGUUGCACUGGCGAUCUGGCGUUGACGACGUUGCGCUGGGUCUGUUGACGAGCUUCACGCGUGAAGGACUCGCUAGCAUCUUCCCUGGUCCUGCGCAGCGGAUAUUGGAUCUAUUGAACAUGCGCCGACAAUCGUCGGAUCAGGCUAUCAGCCCAAAGGCGGACAGGUCGCGCGAUCCUGGCAUGUCCAUCAACCCACCAACGCCCAUCACGCCUGCGAGCGAAAUACCGCGGCCGACAAUGACGAAGACGCUCCUCGUCGCGCUGAGGAAGAAGGACUUCGCCAGUAUCUCGAUUACGGACUUCGACGCCCUGGAACUAGCGCGCCAGAUGACCAUUAUGGAAAGCCACUUGUACUGUGCUAUAGAGCCUCAGGAGAUCCUCGAGAGCGGACAGGAAGGCGCGAAGCCUCCUGUGAACGUUAGGGCUGUUAGCUCGCUUAGCACCAUCAUCACUGGCUGGGUUGCAGAGUGUAUUCUUGACGAGCCCGAUAUCAAGAAGCGGACAAAUCUCGUCAAGUUUUUCGUUAAGGUCGUCGACCGCUGCACUGGGCUCAACAAUUUCAGCACGUCACGUUCGAUACUGGCAGCACUCGAUUCAUCGGUUAUCUCUCGGCUGCGUCAAACGUGGUCUGGCCUGCCGCAGAAGUACAAAGUCCAGCUGGAAUCGCUCAGAAGGCUGGCUGAUCACAGUCGGAAUUACCACGAGUAUCGUACCAAGCUACGUAACACGGCCCCUCCUGCAGUGCCUUUUUUGGGUCUUUAUCUCACCGAUGUUACGUUCUGCCGCGAAGGCAAUCCUUCGCACCGUGCCUCGCCAGUGAACCCCAACCUCAAGCUUCUUAACUUCAAUAAAUACCAUAAAUUGGCAAGGAUCGUGCAAGAUAUGCAACGCUUCCAAGGGCCGUAUAACCUCAAAGCUAUUCCAGAGGUACAGGAGUACCUGAACGUCGCGUUUGAGAAGUCCAAGCACCAUGGAGACCUAAAUGAUCUCUACAGGAGAAGUCUUCUCGUAGAGCCCAAGCAGCCUGCUGACCAGCCUCCAGUGAGCGACAUGCGUCAGCUGUUCAGUUGGGCCACAAGAUCACAUUCUCAACCCGCGUCUUACUCAUAA